AAUAUUAAAAUAUAAGAAAAACAUUAAUAUACAUGGAAACACCUAUUUUUUGACCAGUUGAAAGAAAGAUUUUAAUGAUGCAGUAGAAAGAAGAAUAGUGAAACUCCAAUUGUCCAUCGCCAACCCGUCCCACUCAAGAGGCCCAAGCAGUUUGGAUAUUAAGUCCUAAAAUUCCUUAGAAACCAAUUACUUAAAAAAGAAUCUCUCACGUUCUUUUUCAUCGAAUUGAACCAUCUCACUCUCUCUCUCACUCCCAUUCCAUCAUUUGACAAAAUCAAACCACCUUCAUCCCCUUCCCUUAACUUUAAUUCCAAGACUCCCAACCUUUUACAACCUAAUAAGCAAUUAAACCAAUCCAUCUAACAACAUAAUACACUACAUUAUUAUUAUUUUUCAUACACAUAUGCAACAACAAAACAUAUCCGUUUCAAUAUGAAGAACCGUUAUCCUCUCCAAGAGAGAAAGUGGUUCCUCGGGUUAACAAUAGUUGGAUUAAUAGGAGCGGUUCUAUUCAUAGCUACAGCGAUCACAACCUCCGAUACGUCGUCGUUUCACUGUCCAAUUUCAUCCGGGAUCCGAACCCGAUCAAACGACAACUACGACCCGACUCCCAUUCAACUAAGGGCAAUACUCCACUACGCCACGUCACACGUUGUUCCUCAACAAUCGGUUUCAGAGAUCAAGAUCAGUUUCGAUGUUUUAAAAUCCUUUGGUCGACCCUGCAAUUUUCUUGUCUUUGGACUCGGCCAUGAUUCACUUAUGUGGGCCUCAUUUAAUCCAGGUGGCACCACGCUAUUCCUUGAAGAGGAUCCAAAGUGGGUCCAAACUGUUUUAAAAGACGCACCGGGCCUUCGAGCCCAUACAGUUCAUUAUCGGACUCAACUCCGUCAAGCCCAAACGCUAAUCUCUUCCUAUCGAUCCGAACCUACGUGUUCUCCUUCCAAAGCUUUCCUACGUGGCAACAAAGCGUGCAAGCUUGCGCUUGAGAAUUUGCCCGAAGAGGUUUACGAUACUGAGUGGGACCUUAUUAUGAUUGAUGCGCCUAAAGGCUAUUAUGCGGAGGCGCCGGGACGUAUGGCCGCCGUAUUCUCCGCCGCUGUUAUGGCGAGGAAUAGGAAGGGAUCUGGUGUGACGCAUGUGUUCCUGCACGAUGUUAAUCGUAAGGUGGAGAAGCUUUAUGCGGAUGAGUUUCUUUGUAAGAGGAAUUUGGUAAAGGGUGUUGGAAGGCUUUGGCAUUUUCAGAUUCCACCGUCUAAUGUUACCGACGCAACACGUUUCUGUUAAUCUCGUUAUCGUAGUUGCUGUUCAUCAUUUUUUUGUUUUUUGUCAUUGUUUUUUUUUCUCUGUUUUGUUAUUAGAUGAUCCAGAGAGAAUGGCAUGCACGGAUAGAAACAGGGUACCAUACCAUGUGUUACAGAUUUACAUUACAUUUUUUAUUGUUAUUUUUACAAUACUAUUAUUUUUUUGUUAUUGCUAAAUGUUGGGGACAAAAGGUAUCACCGACUUGCAGAUGAUGCCAAUGUCAUGAAAUUGCCAUUCUACCUUUUGCCGACAGGAAUGGGUUAUGGGCAUAUUAGUGCCAAUAAUUUUGACUGAAUACUUUGGAUGUUGCUGGGAAACUAAGAAAAGUUUCUAGUAUUACACCGUUUACGUCAACCUACUUUUUUU